CAAUAAAAAUCAAUAAUAAUAUAUGUACGUACAAUAUAUUUAACUUUCGUCGAGUUCAUACAAUAUAGUAUCUACUUAAAGUUUUAAUAAAAUAUAUUUAUUUGUUUUUUUAUAAAACAAAAUGUCAAAAACGACAUCGUUGGACAUCGAUGGAAUGAGUGCUGAGGAGAAAAUCGAACAAAUAAAAAUGAUGCGAGAUUUAAUUCGUCUGAAAGAGAAGUCUGGAGAUGGAUGUACCUCUGCGUUUCAAAAGAUUGGCAAAAAAAAAAAUCUUAUCAGCGACACAGUAAUGUCAGCUGUAUUUGUUACUAGUUUUGUUUUAAUUGUGGCAAUGGCAUUAUAUUCAUUCAGAACUCUAUACCUUGCCAUACAGAAAAAAUUUCCUUCCCAACACACAGAAUUGUAAUAAUGAACACAAAACAAUAAAAAAAUUAUCAUUUUAAC